AUAAGAUAUGUAAGUACAGAUGUCAUAUGGACAAUCAAGUAUGUGGAAUUCAGAAGAGAGGUCUCACUUGGAGAGAAGUAUCUGAGAAUGGUGGGUACAUAACGGUUAUGUUUGUUGAGCAACGUUUGUUGAUGGACUACACUAGGAUGAGGAGAGUGGAAGAGAGGUAGAUGGCUUACAUACCUUAUGUCUUUCUUUUCAAAAAGAAAAAUGCCACAUUUCAAAGAAUACAAAGAAAUUGAUGCCCUGAGGCAUGAAGAAGCCAGGGAAUUGGAAACUCCUGAAAGCAGAGGGAAGGUAACUUAAUGCUAAGGGGAGGAACCAUCCUUGUUGAAUGCUGCUCAGAAAGCAUGUCAAAUAUAAACUCAAAUUAUCCUUUUGUUUUUAGUGACAAAACGUGAAGAUGUUGCCAUCUUUAGAAAGAAAAGCUGGUAGGCUGAAUAUGUGAUAGAUAUAUAAGAAAAGGAAAGAUAAGCAGCUCUUUCGAAAAGUUUGGCCAUGAUGUGGAAAAGGGAGAUAGGGCUGUAAGUAGUUAAGGAGGGUUGUGAGUCAUAGAAGAGAAAUAUCCUUUCCCCUAUGCCAGGACAAGGGAGACCUAAGCAAGUUUGUGUUGAUGGGAAAAAGCCAGUAAGGUGGGAGCCAUUAAAGAUAAGAAAAGAGAGAGAUAAGAGAUUGUUGAAGUCUUCUGUAAUGGGGAAAGUGUCCAGAAUACCGGUGGAAGGAUUGGAAACUUCCCCACUCUAACAGGAAGGAGGAAAGGAUUGGUCUCAAUGUGGAGAAGUUUGUUGAUUUGGGGGUGGGAAGUGGAGGCAGGGCAUUAUGAUGCUGUCUCUUCUCUGUAAAGUAGAAAAUAAGUUUUCAGCUUGAAAUGGAGCCAGAAGAAAGAAGAGGGUUGGAAGCUGGAGGAAAGUGGAGAAUAUUUGAAAUUUUUCUUUGCAGAGAGUGGGAGAUGGAGCCUAGUUGGAAAAUACAGGACUGUGUUGAGGACCACUGAGGUUUGUGGCCAUAAAUUUAGAAUGGUGUCAAUCUGCCAUGGGGUGUUAUUUUUCCCCAAUAGGGCUCAGCAGACCAACAGGCACAGGGGGCCCUCUAGUUUUAUAUACCAGUAGCAAGUCAUUCUUUAUUUAGUUUAGUUUUUUGUUUGUUUCAGCAAUAAAGAAAAAUUAAGUGUUUCUUUGAAAUGGUAUUUUUUGUGUAUGUGUGUGUGUGUGUUCUCUAGAUUAUAGUGCCCUCACGUGGCUGAUGCACAUCAUUUACUUAUGAGUGUUUUCAUAUGGAUGAAAAAACUGAGAAUUAAGCAUGGGCCUUACAGCACAGCUACUAAAAUUAAAAAAUAAUAAUAAUUAUUAUUGUUUUGACUAAAACCAGUACUAGAUGCAAAUGAACUUUCUUUCUAAAUCAACACAACAUUGUCCAGUUGUAAUAGUGUUGAUAUUUCGUUAUGUGUAAGUAAUGUGAUGAUUUAUAGUAAAAACAUUAGGAGUGAGAAAAGACAUGAAGAGCACCUAUUUCCUCUCUGGAAUUUUUAUAAUUGUGUCCAGAUUCACAUUGAUAAAGAGUGCCACUUUACAUAAUGGCAACUAAAUCUUUAUUGUGCUUUUUAUUAAAUAUGAAAGUCAUUACUAUUAUCUGAGUACGGAGCAUUUUCUUAAAUAGUUGUUUUGGUUUUUGUCUUUUGCUGUUUUUUAAUGUCAAGGGAAGUGAAGGGCAUUGGCUAUACCUGCAAAGACAAAGUGGGAUAGGGUGAAACCAACCCAAUAUUUGUAAUAAACUGUGUUCUGUAUGAUCCAGGAAGCAAUUUAUUGAGCAUCUAUUAUGCACUAGGGCCAUUAAGUUGAAGGAGACUUACGUAUUUUAACGAAUUUGAUCUUCAUAGCAAUCCUGUUAAAUGAUUACUUUUUGUUACUUUUAUAACCAAGUAAAUUGAAAUUCAGGGAACUUAAUAAGUAAUUUUGCCUUAGUUACAAACCCCAGAAAUGCCAGUGCUAACAUCCGCCAUCUUCUCUCAUAGUUCAGAAUUUUAUGAGCGGUUACAGUAUAGUAUACACUCUGUUUAGAAAGGACCUUGUUAUAAGACAUUCCACCAGGGUAACUUUUAGAAUGAUGUUAUAACACAUUUAAUUAAUUACUUGAAUUGUCUUGUUGAAUUUUUGCCAGGGUUUACAUACAUGCUGAACUUGCAGUUUUAAUGUUCAGUUGAGUCUGUCAUUAAGAAAAUUUAAGUUGAUAAAUUAUUCACUGAUGAAUUAAUUUCUUUGCAUUUAAUCUUUUUAAUUGCUAAAGGUACCUAAAGAGCCUCAAAAUAGUUGAUGACUUGGCCUGAAGACAAGAUCUAAAUAUGAGGUUGUUGAGUUAUAGAAAUGGCAAAAAAAAGGUCAUUGAUAGAAUAAUAAGCAAUGAAAUAAUAAUAAGCACUAAAGAUUUAAACUUUGUGGUGGUGAAGGCAUGGUAGUGCAUGAAAGUAAGAUUUUUCCAUUGAACUUUGUCUUCCUUGACGAUAUUCUUCUACUUUAUUCAAUAUGCUCAUUAUGUGCACGAUUCUUACCAACUGUGUAUUUAUGACCAUGAGUAACCCUCCAGACUGGACAAAGAAUGUAGAGUAUACCUUUACAGGAAUUUAUACUUUUGAAUCACUUAUUAAAAUACUUGCAAGGGGCUUUUGUUUAGAAGAUUUCACAUUUUUACGGGAUCCAUGGAAUUGGUUGGAUUUCACAGUCAUUACUUUUGCAUAUGUGACAGAGUUUGUGGACCUGGGCAAUGUCUCAGCGUUGAGAACAUUCAGAGUUCUCCGAGCAUUGAAAACAAUUUCAGUCAUUCCAGGCCUGAAGACCAUUGUGGGAGCCCUGAUCCAGUCAGUGAAGAAGCUUUCUGAUGUCAUGAUCUUGACUGUGUUCUGUCUAAGCGUGUUUGCGCUAAUAGGAUUGCAGUUGUUCAUGGGCAACCUACGAAAUAAAUGUUUGCAAUGGCCUCCAGAUAAUUCUUCCUUUGAAAUAAAUAUCACUUCCUUCUUUAACAAUUCAUUGGAUGGGAAUGGUACUACUUUCAAUAGGACAGUGAGCAUGUUUAACUGGGAUGAAUAUAUUGAGGAUAAAAGUCACUUUUAUUUUUUAGAGGGGCAAAAUGAUGCUCUUCUUUGUGGCAACAGCUCAGAUGCAGGCCAGUGUCCUGAAGGAUACAUCUGUGUGAAGGCUGGUAGAAACCCCAACUAUGGCUACACAAGCUUUGACACCUUCAGUUGGGCCUUUUUGUCCUUAUUUCGUCUCAUGACUCAAGACUUCUGGGAAAACCUUUAUCAACUGACACUACGUGCUGCUGGGAAAACGUACAUGAUAUUUUUUGUGCUGGUCAUUUUCUUGGGCUCAUUCUAUCUGAUAAAUUUGAUCUUGGCUGUGGUGGCCAUGGCCUAUGAGGAACAGAAUCAGGCCACGUUGGAAGAGGCUGAACAGAAGGAAGCUGAAUUUCAGCAGAUGCUCGAACAGUUGAAAAAGCAACAAGAAGAAGCUCAGGCAGCAGCUGCAGCCGCAUCUGCUGAAUCAAGAGACUUCAGUGGUGCUGGUGGAAUAGGAGUUUUUUCAGAGAGUUCUUCAGUAGCAUCUAAGUUGAGCUCCAAAAGUGAAAAAGAGCUGAAAAACAGAAGAAAGAAAAAGAAACAGAAAGAACAGUCUGGAGAAGAAGAGAAAAAUGACAGAGUCCGAAAAUCGGAAUCUGAAGACAGCAUAAGAAGAAAAGGUUUCCGUUUUUCUUUGGAAGGAAGUAGGCUGACAUAUGAAAAGAGAUUUUCUUCUCCACACCAGUCCUUACUGAGCAUCCGUGGCUCCCUUUUCUCUCCAAGACGCAACAGUAGGGCGAGCCUUUUCAGCUUCAGAGGUCGAGCAAAGGACAUUGGCUCUGAGAAUGACUUUGCUGAUGAUGAGCACAGCACCUUUGAGGACAAUGACAGCCGAAGAGACUCUCUGUUCGUGCCGCACAGACAUGGAGAAAGGCGCCACAGCAAUGUCAGCCAGGCCAGCCGUGCCUCCAGGGUGCUCCCCAUCCUGCCCAUGAAUGGGAAGAUGCAUAGCGCUGUGGACUGCAAUGGUGUGGUCUCCCUGGUCGGGGGCCCUUCGACCCUCACAUCUGCUGGGCAACUCCUACCAGAGGGCACAACUACUGAAACAGAAAUAAGAAAGAGACGGUCCAGUUCUUAUCAUGUUUCCAUGGAUUUACUGGAAGAUCCUACAUCAAGGCAAAGAGCAAUGAGUAUAGCCAGUAUUUUGACCAACACCAUGGAAGAACUUGAAGAAUCCAGACAGAAAUGCCCGCCAUGCUGGUAUAAAUUUGCUAAUAUGUGUUUGAUUUGGGACUGUUGUAAACCAUGGUUAAAGGUGAAACACCUUGUCAACCUGGUUGUAAUGGACCCAUUUGUUGACCUGGCCAUCACCAUCUGCAUUGUCUUAAAUACACUCUUCAUGGCUAUGGAGCACUAUCCCAUGACGGAGCAGUUCAGCAGUGUACUGUCUGUUGGAAACCUGGUCUUCACGGGGAUCUUCACAGCAGAAAUGUUUCUCAAGAUAAUUGCCAUGGAUCCAUAUUAUUACUUUCAAGAAGGCUGGAAUAUUUUUGAUGGUUUUAUUGUGAGCCUUAGUUUAAUGGAACUUGGUUUGGCAAAUGUGGAAGGAUUGUCAGUUCUCCGAUCAUUCCGGCUGCUCCGAGUUUUCAAGUUGGCAAAAUCUUGGCCAACUCUGAAUAUGCUAAUUAAGAUCAUUGGCAAUUCUGUGGGGGCUCUAGGAAACCUCACCUUGGUGUUGGCCAUCAUCGUCUUCAUUUUUGCCGUGGUCGGCAUGCAGCUCUUUGGUAAGAGCUACAAAGAAUGUGUCUGCAAGAUUUCCAAUGAUUGUGAACUCCCACGCUGGCACAUGCAUGACUUCUUCCACUCCUUCCUGAUCGUGUUCCGCGUGCUGUGUGGGGAGUGGAUAGAGACCAUGUGGGACUGUAUGGAGGUCGCUGGUCAAACCAUGUGCCUUACUGUCUUCAUGAUGGUCAUGGUGAUUGGAAACCUAGUGGUUCUGAACCUCUUCUUGGCCUUGCUUUUGAGUUCCUUCAGUUCUGACAAUCUUGCUGCCACUGAUGAUGAUAACGAAAUGAAUAAUCUCCAGAUUGCUGUGGGAAGGAUGCAGAAAGGAAUCGAUUUUGUUAAAAGAAAAAUACGUGAAUUUAUUCAGAAAGCUUUUGUUAGGAAGCAGAAAGCUUUAGAUGAAAUUAAACCGCUUGAAGAUCUAAAUAAUAAAAAAGACAGCUGUAUUUCCAACCAUACCACCAUAGAAAUAGGCAAAGACCUCAAUUAUCUCAAAGACGGAAAUGGAACUACUAGUGGCAUAGGCAGCAGUGUAGAAAAAUAUGUCGUGGAUGAAAGUGAUUACAUGUCAUUUAUAAACAACCCUAGCCUCACUGUGACAGUACCAAUUGCUGUUGGAGAAUCUGACUUUGAAAAUUUAAAUACUGAAGAAUUCAGCAGUGAGUCAGAUAUGGAGGAAAGCAAAGAGAAGCUAAAUGCAACUAGUUCAUCUGAAGGCAGCACGGUUGAUAUUGGAGCUCCUGCUGAGGGAGAACAGCCUGAGGUUGAACCUGAGGAAUCCCUUGAACCUGAAGCUUGUUUUACAGAAGACUGUGUACGGAAGUUCAAGUGUUGUCAGAUAAGCAUAGAAGAAGGCAAAGGGAAACUCUGGUGGAAUUUGAGGAAAACAUGCUAUAAGAUAGUGGAGCACAAUUGGUUCGAAACCUUCAUUGUCUUCAUGAUUCUGCUGAGUAGUGGGGCUCUGGCCUUUGAAGAUAUAUACAUUGAGCAGCGAAAAACCAUUAAGACCAUGUUAGAAUAUGCUGACAAGGUUUUCACUUACAUAUUCAUCCUGGAAAUGCUGCUAAAGUGGGUUGCAUAUGGUUUUCAAGUGUAUUUUACCAAUGCCUGGUGCUGGCUAGACUUCCUGAUUGUUGAUGUCUCACUGGUUAGCUUAACUGCAAAUGCCUUGGGUUACUCAGAACUUGGUGCCAUCAAAUCCCUCAGAACACUAAGAGCUCUGAGGCCACUGAGAGCUUUGUCCCGGUUUGAAGGAAUGAGGGUUGUUGUCAAUGCUCUUUUAGGAGCCAUUCCAUCUAUCAUGAAUGUACUUCUGGUUUGUCUGAUCUUUUGGCUAAUAUUCAGUAUCAUGGGAGUGAAUCUCUUUGCUGGCAAGUUUUACCAUUGUAUUAACUACACCACUGGAGAGAUGUUUGAUGUAAGCGUGGUCAACAACUAUAGUGAGUGCAAAGCUCUCAUUGAAAGCAAUCAAACUGCCAGGUGGAAAAAUGUGAAAGUAAACUUUGAUAACGUAGGACUUGGAUAUCUCUCUCUACUUCAAGUAGCCACGUUUAAGGGAUGGAUGGAUAUUAUGUAUGCAGCUGUUGACUCGCGAAAUGUAGAAUUACAACCCAAGUAUGAAGACAACCUGUACAUGUAUCUUUAUUUCGUCAUCUUUAUUAUUUUUGGUUCGUUCUUUACCUUGAAUCUUUUCAUUGGUGUCAUCAUAGAUAACUUCAACCAACAGAAAAAGAAGUUUGGAGGUCAAGACAUUUUUAUGACAGAAGAACAGAAGAAAUACUACAAUGCAAUGAAAAAACUGGGUUCAAAGAAACCACAAAAACCGAUACCUCGACCUGCUAACAAAUUUCAAGGAAUGGUCUUUGAUUUUGUAACCAAACAAGUCUUUGAUAUCAGCAUCAUGAUCCUCAUCUGCCUUAACAUGGUCACCAUGAUGGUGGAAACCGAUGACCAGAGUCAAGAAAUGACAAACAUUCUGUACUGGAUUAAUCUGGUGUUUAUUGUUCUGUUCACUGGAGAAUGUGUGCUGAAACUGAUCUCUCUUCGUUACUACUAUUUCACUAUUGGAUGGAAUAUUUUUGAUUUUGUGGUGGUCAUUCUCUCCAUUGUAGGAAUGUUUCUGGCUGAACUGAUAGAAAAGUAUUUUGUGUCCCCUACCCUGUUCCGAGUGAUCCGUCUUGCCAGGAUUGGCCGAAUCCUACGUCUGAUCAAAGGAGCAAAGGGGAUCCGCACGCUGCUCUUUGCUUUGAUGAUGUCCCUUCCUGCGUUGUUUAACAUUGGCCUCCUGCUCUUCCUAGUCAUGUUCAUCUAUGCCAUCUUUGGGAUGUCCAACUUUGCCUAUGUUAAGAGGGAAGUUGGGAUCGAUGACAUGUUCAACUUUGAGACCUUUGGCAACAGCAUGAUCUGCCUGUUCCAAAUUACAACCUCUGCUGGCUGGGAUGGAUUGCUAGCACCUAUUCUUAAUAGUGGACCUCCAGACUGUGACCCUGAAAAAGAUCACCCUGGAAGCUCAGUUAAGGGAGACUGUGGGAACCCAUCUGUUGGGAUUUUCUUUUUUGUCAGUUAUAUCAUCAUAUCCUUCCUGGUUGUGGUGAACAUGUACAUCGCGGUCAUCCUGGAGAACUUCAGUGUUGCUACUGAAGAAAGUGCAGAGCCCCUGAGUGAGGAUGACUUUGAGAUGUUCUAUGAGGUUUGGGAGAAGUUUGAUCCCGAUGCGACCCAGUUUAUAGAGUUUGCCAAACUCUCUGAUUUUGCAGAUGCCCUGGAUCCUCCUCUUCUCAUAGCAAAACCCAACAAAGUCCAGCUCAUUGCCAUGGAUCUGCCCAUGGUCAGCGGUGACCGGAUCCACUGUCUUGACAUCUUAUUUGCUUUUACAAAGCGUGUUUUGGGUGAGAGUGGAGAGAUGGAUGCCCUUCGAAUACAGAUGGAAGAGCGAUUCAUGGCAUCAAACCCCUCCAAAGUCUCCUAUGAGCCCAUUACGACCACGUUGAAACGCAAACAAGAGGAGGUGUCUGCUAUUAUUAUCCAGAGGGCUUACAGACGCUACCUCUUGAAGCAAAAAGUUAAAAAGGUAUCAAGUAUAUACAAGAAAGACAAAGGCAAAGAAUGUGAUGGAACACCCAUCAAAGAAGAUACUCUCAUUGAUAAACUGAAUGAGAAUUCAACUCCAGAGAAAACCGAUAUGACGCCUUCCACCACAUCUCCACCCUCAUAUGAUAGUGUGACCAAACCAGAAAAAGAAAAAUUUGAAAAAGACAAAUCAGAAAAGGAAGACAAAGGGAAAGAUAUCAGGGAAAGUAAAAAGUAAAAAGAAACCAAGAAUUUUCCAUUUUGUGAUCAAUUGUUUACAGCCCGUGAUGGUGAUGUGUUUGUGUCAACAGGACUCCCACAGGAGGUCUAUGCCAAACUGACUGUUUUUACAAAUGUAUACUUAAGGUCAGUGCCUAUAACAAGACAGAGACCUCUGGUCAGCAAACUGGAACUCAGUAAACUGGAGAAAUAGUAUCGAUAGGAGGUUUCUAUUUUCACAACCAGCUGACACUGCUGAAGAGCAGAGGUGUAAUGGCUACUCAGACGAUAGGAACCAAUUUAAAGGGGGGAGGGAAGUUAAAUUUUUAUGUAAAUUCAACAUGUGACACUUGAUAAUAGUAAUUGUCACCACUGUUUAUGUUUUAACUGCCACACCUGCCAUAUUUUUACAAAACGUGUGCUGUGAAUUUAUCACUUUUCUUUUUAAUUCACAGGUUGUUUACUAUUAUAUGUGACUAUUUUUGUAAAUGGGUUUGUGUUUGGGGAGAGGGAUUAAAGGGAGGGAAUUCUACAUUUCUCUAUUGUAUUGUAUAACUGGAUAUAUUUUAAAUGGAGGCAUGCUGCAAUUCUCAUUCACACAUGAAAAAAAUCGCAUCACAAAAGGAAAGAGUUUACUUCUUGUUUCAGGAUGUUUUUAGAUUUUUGAGGUGCUUAAAUAGCUAUUCGUAUUUUUAAGGUGUCUCAUCCAGAAAAAAUUUAAUGUGCCUGUAAAUGUUCCAUAGAAUCACAAGCAUUAAAGAGUUGUUUUAUUUUUACAUAACCCAUUAAAUGUACAUGUAUAUAUGUAUAUAUGUAUAUAUGCGUGUAUAUACAUAUAUAUGUAUACACACCUGCACACACAGAGAUAUACACAUACCAUUACAUUGUCAUUCACAGUCCCAGCAGCAUGACUAUCACAUUUUUGAUAAGUGUCCUUUGGCAUAAAAUAAAAAUAUCCUAUCAGUCCUUUCUAAGAAGUCUGAAUUGACCAAAAAACAUCCCCACCACCACUUUAUAAAGUUGAUUCUGCUUUAUCCUGCAGUAUUGUUUAGCCAUCUUCUGCUCUUGGUAAGGUUGACAUAGUAAUGUCAAUUUAAAAAAUAAAAGUCUGCUUUGUAAAUAGUAAUUUUACCCAGUGGUGCAUGUUUGAGCAAACAAAAAUGAUGAUUUAAGCACACUACUUAUUGCAUCAAAUAUGUACCACAGUAAGUAUAGUUUGCAAGCUUUCAACAGGUAAUAUGAUGUAAUUGGUUCCAUUAUAGUUUGAAGCUGUCACUGCUGCAUGUUUAUCUUGCCUAUGCUGCUGUAUCUUAUUCCUUCCACUGUUCAGAAGUCUAAUAUGGGAAGCCAUAUGUCAGUGGUAAAGUGAAGCAAAUUGUUCUACCAAGACCUCAUUCUUCAUGUCAUUAAGCAAUAGGUUGCAGCAAACAAGGAAGAGCUUCUUGCUUUUUAUUCUUCCAACCUUAAUUGAACACUCAAUGAUGAAAAGCCUGACUGUACAAACAUGUUGCAAGCUGCUUAAAUCUGUUUAAAAUAUAUGGUUAGAGUUUUCUAAGAAAAUAUAAAUACUGUAAAAAGUUCAUUUUAUUUUAUUUUUCAGCCUUUUGUACAUAAAAUGAGAAAUUAAAAGUAUCUUCAGGUGGAUGUCACAGUCACUAUUGUUAGUUUCUGUUCCUAGCACUUUUAAAUUGAAGCACUUCACAAAAUAAGAAGCAAGGACUAGGAUGCAGUGUAGGUUUCUGCUUUUUUAUUAGUACUGUAAACUUGCACACAUUUCAAUGUGAAACAAAUCUCAAACUGAGUUCAAUGUUUAUUUGCUUUCAAUAGUAAUGCCUUAUAAUUGAAAGAGGCUUAAAGAAAAAAAUCAGCUGAUAUUCUUGGCAUUGCUUGAAUCCAAUGUUUCCACCUAGUCUUUUUAUUCAGUAAUCAUCAGUCUUUUCCAAUGUUUGUUUACACAGAUAGAUCUUAUUGACCUAUAUGGCACUAGAACUGUAUCAGAUAUAAUAUGGGAUCCCAGCUUUGUUUCCUCUCCCACAAAACCAGGUAGUGAAGUUAUAUUACCAGUUACAGCAAAAUACUUUGUGUUUCACAAGCAACAAUAAAUGUAGAUUCUUUAUACUAAAGCUAUUGACUUGUAGUGUGUUGGUGAAAUGCAUGCAGGAAAAUGCUGUUACCAUAAAGAACGGUAAACCACAUUACAAUCAAGCCAAAAGAAUAAAGGUUUCGCUUUUGUUUUUGUAUUUAA